UUGCGAACUAAAAAAUAUUGUAAUUAUGGAAGAAAGUGGCAAUCUAAUUUCUUUAUGCACACAACCAACUGAGGAUUCAAACGGACAGGACAAAGAAAUCACUCGAAAAUGCAUUCUUGCAAUUGGAAAAACUGGGAAUGGUAAAAGCUUCACUGCAGGAGUUUUUGGUGCAAAAAAUGCUCGCGAAGGCAAUCAAGCAGAAUCACUCACCCAAGAAACCACAAUUUACGACUGCGAAAAUAGAUAUAUAUACAUUGACACACCAGGAUUUGACGAUUCAGAUGAGGCCAAAGGAGAUGACGAAACUGCUCGUAAUAUUCUUCGUGAAAUGGUGAAUUUUGGAAUAAGCGAAUUGGCAACUGUGUUAUGGUUCACGACUCCAGAUGUUCGUGCUGCAGGAUCAUAUAAACAUGACGCUAUGAAAGGGCCACGUGAAGCAGCAGUAGACGUUGCAAAAGAGAUUCUUCGGAAUACGCAGAAGAGACUACCAAGAGGACAAGGACAAAAUCCGCUUAAAAACACGAAAACAUUUCAGGUCUGGUUAUAUGAAAGCUUAAGAGAAAAAUCACCGUAUAGGAAAGAAAACUACACAAGUGAUGAGUUGAACGAAUGUUGUAUAUAUAAGAAAUCAGAACCAGAACGAAUCCUUGCAAAAUACGAAGAGCUUAUGGCUGGACAUGAAGAUCAUCCACUUGGCUUAGUGUUCAAAGGGGCCCAGUGUAGCAAGUGCCCAGAGAACUCUGAUCCCCGAUUGGCCGAUCCAAAGUGCCAUUCAAGAUCAAAAAUGAUACAUACUGAAAAGGUCAAAAAAAUCCACCUUGAUGAGGUGGUUAAAAAGCACGUUGGCAACAAAACCACAUACCAUCCGGGCCAGUUGGUAGCGGAGCAUCGGGACAAAGCCCCGACUAAGAAACACAGAUCAGACGGAAAGAAAGAAACAAGGCAUUAUUUAAGCAGAGUUGCAAAUCAUCCUGGCGGAACGAUGAGAAUCCACCCUGGACGCCUUGAGAAAUUCCAUCCUGAUCCGGUAUCUAUCCAUACUCGAGAAUGCGCCGCUGAUGAAAUUUUUGAUAUAGUAGACUAUGUAAAAGGUAAUAAAAAAACCACUAAAAAAGAUCACGCGAUUCAGCUGGAUGUGUCUUUCGGUGCUGCAAUUUUAGAGGUCCAGGGUGUCAAGAAAAAUACACAUGUUGUGAUCAAUCUGCCCCUUGCAAGGUUGUUUAUGAAUGUUGUAAUAAAGUUCAUCCGAGCCCAGGCUGCGAAGAAGUUUUUGAAUGCUGUAAUAGACAAAGUGGAUCUUGUAACGAAAGAUACUCCAGGGUGCCAAGAAUUCUGGGAUUGUUGUGAAAACCAAGAACCCUGUAAAAGAGUUUACGAGUGCUGUGAUGCUAUUUUUGGAGAUAAGGAAGAUCCAAAUUCAGCGGGAUGUCUAGAAUUAUGGGACUGUUGUGGCUAUGGACCUAAUAAUUUGGGUUGCAAAGAAAAAUAUGACUGUUGUGGCACUUUGCAACAUUGUCAGAGAAG